AUGCCUCCUCCUGGAGUGUGCCUGAAUAUAAUGAGAGAGCGGCAGGAAGGCCAUGGUGUGGGCACGCUUCAGAACCCCGAGAAGUUCCUGGGCCAGGACUACGAGCUGCUGCAGCAAUAUUAUCUUAUCAGAGGCAGGAGGUACAUUGAUGAUAUGUUUCCACCGGACAACAGAUCCAUCGGCGAAAAGCUCCUGUCUCCUGAAAAUAUGGCUCAAGUAGAGUGGAUAAGGCCAACGCAACUGGUUCCAGAUCCUUAUAUGUUUGUUGACAAAAUAUCACGAUUUGAUUUUGCCCAGGGACAACUGGGAGACUGCUGGUUUCUAGCUGCACUUGGUGCUCUGACAUUUCAGAAGCACAUAAUAGAAAAGGUCUUUCCCAAAGAACAGUCAUUUCAGAAGAACUAUGCAGGAAUAUUCCAUUUCAGGUUCUGGAGGUUUGGGAAAUGGGUUGAUGUUGUGAUUGAUGACAAACUGCCAACCUUCAAAGGCAAACUCAUAUUUGUACACCCCAAAACACCUAAUCCUACCAUGAGUCCCAGACCUCAAAACGAGUUCUGGCCUGCUUUGCUAGAGAAGGCAUAUGCCAAAGUGUGUGGAUCUUAUGAGGACAUGCACACUGGCAGUGUGUCUGAAGCUCUAAUGGACUUUACAGGAGGUGUGCACAUGACAGUCCAACUGAGCAGCUCACUGACAGGGCUGUGGGACCUGAUAGGGCGAGCCGCAAAAUUCAACUCUCUGAUGGGUUGUGGUACACCUGGGCAGGCAGACUUUAACCAGACGUUGCCCAAUGGCUUAGUGGAGGGUCAUGCUUACACCGUGACAGGGGUCACUGAGGUAAGAAGCCAAGGUAAGCCGAUUCAGUUGGUAAGGCUCUUCAACCCCUGGGGGGACACAGAGUGGACAGGAGACUGGAGUGACAGAUCACCAAUGUGGGAAACUGUGAGUCCAGAAGAACAUGCAAUGUAUCGCAAAAAUAUCAACGAUGGCGAAUUCUGGAUGUCUGUGGAGGAUUUCUGCAAAACCUUUUCUAACCUGGACAUUUGCAGCCUCUCCCCUGGAUUCCUGGAUGACUCGUCUGACAGCCAGUGGACCUCCGUACGCCAUGAAGGGCGCUGGCUUGCUGGCACUUCAGCUGGUGGCUUCCUGACAACAAGAGACACUUUUUGGACAAACCCCCAGUUUCGGGCCAAGGUGAUUGCUGGCAGUGACCAAACACAGGGACCUAACAUGCUUGUGUCUCUCAUGCAAAAGCCAGAUAAGAGGAACAGACGCCUUGUCAGAAAACUUCAUAUUGGUCUCAGUAUUUUUGAGGUGCCUCCUGAGCUCAAAGGUUCUAGAGGGACAUUCCCAGCCUCCUUUUUUGACAACCGUCCUCCUGUAGCUUACACUAAGAAUAUGUAUGAUUCACGUGAAGUCAUGGAGUUCUUCAGACUGGAACCUGGAGAGUAUCUCAUUGUGCCAUAUACUUCCUCUCCCAAUGAAACAGCUUCCUUCGUCAUGACCAUUCUUUCAAAGAUGGAGACCCAGACAGAAGACACCCUAAGCUUCAGCAUGGACCUUGGUGAGAUGAACAUCACAAACAGGCAAAACAGCGUUCCAUAUUUCCGGCAAUGGUCUGACCAGUACACAGACAUCAAUGCGGAGCAGCUUCAGAAACUUCUAAAUGCAAAGGUCAUCAGAGAUGUAGAAAGCACAGGAAGCUUCAGCUUGGAUGCUUGUCAGAGUAUCGUUGCAAUAAUGGAUCUUUCAGUAACUGGAACCCUCAGGGCUACAGAACUCUCUCGCCUGUUGGACGAAAUCAAUUUGUUCAAGGACAUCUUCUUCCGCGUGGACAGCAACAGAGACGGCAUUCUGUCUGUGAAGGAACUGCAGCAUGCAGUGGAGGACACAGGCUUGCGUGUCAGUGAUGGCUUGCUGAAACUCAUGACUAUGCGCUAUGGAGACGCCAGUGGAAAGAUCACGCUGGAGAGGUUCAUCUGUCUGGCUCUUCGAUUGGACUGCAUGACCAAAACAUUCAGAAAACUCUCUGAUGGAAAUGAAAUACGUCUCGAAGAAGAUGAGUGGCUCCGCCUCACCAUGUACUCUUGAAGGAGUAAGGAAAUGGAUGGUGAAGACAACGCCGCCUAGAUGCCGAGUGCAA